AUGGGUUGUUGCGAUCCAAGGGGCUUCGAGAAAGAUCCUGUGCCUUUCCACUACGGGGAGUUUACGAGAACGUCGCUCGUCUUCGUCAUCAGACUCCCGACUAACGCCCUUCCCCCGCAACUGCACCUGAACCACGAGGUCUUGCAGCAGUCCGACAUCGUGGAGAAUCAGCAAGCGCGGCAGCAAGCGCUGGAGGCGAGCGGUGCGUGGGAAGAGUCUUUGUCGUGGCUUUUUCCCGGAGGAAUUUCGGCAGGAGGGCUUUUAGCUGCAGGAGGAGCCGUCGAGAAGACGGCGUCACCAGAAGGAUUUCACAGAGGCCAUAGCAGCGGCAGCGGCGGCACGGCAGCGGCUGCUCCUCCCUCGGCAAUAGAGUGCUUCGACUCCCUGAGGGGCCUCUGGAAAGUCGCUAUUGACAAAGACUGCAGCUUGCAACUCUCCCUUUGGUAUGGCACUACAGCGGCCCUCCACCUGACUUACGACUCCAAUGCAUGCGGUAUCGCUGCGGAUGUCUGGCAGCUGAUGGUUGCUUGUACACCAGACACACACGCCUCCUCCCUUCCUCCUUCAAUUCUCCACAACGCGACAACAACAGCAGCUACAGCAGCAGCAGCAGAAGGCACCGUGCGGGGUGCAGUAUCGUGCAUGCCAUCGGCUUCGGUGUCUCUCGAGCCACCCUAUGAGCCUCGCUGGCCUGAGGGCCGGUCCGUGAGGCGCUGCCGCCUCAUCGGCGUUCUCAGCGCUCGACCUUGCGGCUGCCUCAGUGCAGAUGACGCUGCAGCAAACGGAGACGCAGACAGAGAGGCUCCGGAGGAGCCACACGCGUGUGAAACACGAGAAUUCCCUCUUCCUGACUCCCUUGUGUCGCUUUACCGACUCCACGCCGCUGCUGCGCUGCCCCCGAAGGAGAGCAGCAGCAGGAGUGCAUGGAGCAAAAGGUACAGCAGUUGCAGCAGCAGCAGGAGGAGUGCGUGGAGCAGCCCCUUACGGUCCGCCUCUGGAGGCUUUGAACUCGAAAACAUGAGCAGGAGCAGCAGUGUUGAGCGGCGUUAUCCCCUCCGUCGAUCUCGGCAGAUGGGUAGUGGAGCAGCCUCUCCGAGUGCGCUCAAGAGGAGACGGGGAAACGGUUCUGGGGGCCCCCAGCGGGGGGCCCCCCGGGGUCCUGGAGCAGCGGUGGCAUCCAGCGUUCCCACAGUCCGACUGCCCACGGAGCAGGAGGAAGCGGCACUGCCGUAUCUGCCGCUGCAGUUGACUCUUCGACCGCAGGAUCAAGAGCAGAGGCAGCAUGCAAGCACAGCCCUGCAACUUGACAACGCCGCUGCACCUCCUUGCCCCCGCUGCAGCAGCAGCUGCUGCGGGGCCCCCGUGCUGCUGCUUGCCGCUGACUGGGAGUUGGGGGCCCUCGUAUCCACGGUGCCCCCUGAGAUCAAACCAGCUCGGCGCUACGCCCGACUGCUGCAGAGGGCCUCCAAGCAGCACGUACAGCCGCAGCCAAAGCAGCACCAGCAGGAAACACUGUCCGACAGGCUUCUCCGGGUUACCACGCUGCUGCUGCAGCAGCUGAACAACACGCACGACAGCCACGUGUCGAAACGAGCCGCAGCCGAGGGCCUCCUCCCCACAGUUGCGGCAGGAGCCUUCACCUGGGCGGCCCUUAGAGGUCUGCCUCUGUGGUCUUUGUACUUCUUGCAAGACCUGUUCGAGUGUUUGUAA